CGAAGAGCUUCAGCGGAUCAACGAAGAGGAAUCAUGUUUCGAUCUGCUUUGCCGAGAACUCUGAGGGCGUCGGUUGUUGCUGCUGGACGGCGACGGGCUGUGAAGAUGACUGUUCAGACACCACCACUGCGGCCGUUCUCCAUCUCUCCAGUGCUGCAACACAAACACGUGGAACCACCAAAGCCCGGAGAGGAGCUCCACUGUACCUUCAUCACCCCCGACGGCGAGAAAACCACCCUCGAAGUAGCCGCCGGCGACUCCCUCCUCGACAUCGCUCACGAGCACGACAUUGACCUGGAAGGUGCAUGUGAGGGAUCUCUGGCAUGUAGUACUUGUCACGUCAUCGUCGACCCGGAUUACUAUGAGAAGAUGGAGGAGCCUGGAGAUGAGGAGAACGAUAUGUUGGAUUUGGCGUUUGGGUUGACGGAGACCAGUCGGUUGGGAUGUCAGUGUAUCAUGAGCAAGGAGUUGGAUGGGAUCACUGUGACUUUGCCCUCGGCAACAAGGAAUAUGUCUUUCCAGAAGUAGGAUGGGCUGAGAGGAGAUGAAGGAUAAGGGAAAGGUAUCAUUGGUCUAAGUCUGAAGAGUUACAGAUCAAAAGGCAGAGCGAUUACUGGCGUCUAGGGAGUUUGUUUGUUGAGUGAAGAACUACUCGC